AUGCAUUUGCCAUAUAUCUCCGUCUUGGCGGGCUUGGCCAGUUGCUCCAUUCCGGCUGCUGCCCAUGUGUCACAGCAGCUAAGAAACCAGGAGGGGACUUGUAAGAAGACAACCGUUGCCAUUCUAGGAGGUGGAAUUGCAGGAAUCACAGCAGCCCAAGCUCUUUCCAAUGCCUCGGUUCAUGAUUUCGCUAUACUGGAGUACCGGGAUACAAUCGGAGGCCGAGCUUGGCACAGGCCAUUUGGUAUAGAUCCAAAAACCGGAGAACCUUAUACUAUUGAGAUGGGUGCCAAUUGGGUUCAAGGUCUUGGGAACCCGGGUGGCCCUCAGAACCCUAUUUGGACCCUGGCUCAAAAAUACCAUUUGAAGACUCAUUACUCCGACUAUGAUAAUGUUUCGACGUACAAUGAAAAUGGGUACUCCGACUACAGUCAUUUGCUGACCGAAUAUGAUAAUGCUUACAACAUUGCCAAUAUGAAAGCGGGGGAGAUCCUGACACAAAAUCUCCAGGAUCAGACUGCUCAAUCUGGUUUGGCACUCGCUGGUUGGAGCCCGGGUAAACACGAUAUGGAGGCACAGGCGGUUGACUGGUGGAAAUGGGAUUUCGAGGAUAAUUUCAGCCCACUGGAGAGCUCUCUGGUAUUUGGCUGUGCCGGAGACAACCUGACCGAGAACGUCUUCGGUGACCAUGAUAAUUUUGUGACUGACCAGCGCGGAUUCAACACAAUCAUCAAAGGGGAGGCUGCCACGUUCCUCAAACCCAACGAUACGAGAUUGCAUCUCAAUACACAAAUCACAGAUAUCACAUACUCUGAUGAUGGAGUCACCAUCCACAAUAAAGACGGCAGCUGUGUGACUGCAGCAUAUGCUAUAUGUACAUUCUCUCUAGGCGUCCUGCAAAGCGAUGAAGUCAAGUUCACGCCAACACUUCCAGAAUGGAAACAGACCGCCAUCCAUAAAUUCACAAUGGGUACCUACACCAAGAUCUUCAUGCAAUUCAACGAGACCUUCUGGCCAACGAACACCCAAUAUUUCCUCUACGCCGAUCCAGGCCUUCGAGGCUGGUACCCCAUCUUCCAGUCCCUCUCCAUGCCACAAUUCCUCCCCGACUCUAACAUUCUCUUUGUGACUGUGACAAACGAGUUCUCCUGGCGCGUGGAGCGCCAGUCAAACGAGCAAACCAAGCGCGAAAUAAUGGAUGUUCUACGCAAAAUGUUCCCUGAAAAGGACAUUCCCGAUCCGACAUCCUUCCUUUACCCGCGCUGGAGCACGGAGCCCUGGGCCCACGGUAGCUACUCCAACUGGCCCCCAGCGACAACGCUAGAGAUGCAUGAGAAUCUACGCGCCAAUACGGACCGGCUUUGGUUUGCGGGCGAAGCCACCAGCCCUACGUACUUUGGUUUCUUGCAGGGUGCUUGGUUUGAGGGCCGGGAGGCGGGACGACAGAUUGCUGCUCUCUUGCAGGAUAAGUGCAGUGCUAAUUCUACUGAAACCAAUGAGUGCGGAGCUAGGAGGCAUUACGACGUCUUACAUGGAACUUCACCUUUUGCUGAUUAUUCGGCGGUAAAUGGGUGGACAGCGAAUAGCUUCUAUGACAGCAACUCGGAUUAG